UCUUGAUGAGGGAUUUGUUUUUCUCUGAAUAAAUUUAUUUCAGUUAAAGGUCGGCUUUUUCUCAUUUUUUCAGUGUGAGAUGAAGUGACUUCACCAAAAGGUGGAUUUUUUUUUCUAACCCUUUUCCUGAUCUUUACAGUAGAGUAGCCAGUAAUUGUGGAGGUCACUGUCACAGGUCGCACUGGAUAAACAUUUCUAUGAUGGAAGUUAAUCAUAAAAUUUGCAACAGGAAGAUUUGAAAGUGAGCUUGCUUUCGGAGAAAUGGAUUAGGGAGUGGUUGUGUAUGACGUCUCAGAAUACAGAAUAGUGAAGUGGUAAUAAAAGAGGUUUCAGGUGUUUGAUCAUGCUGUCGAAUGAAAAACCAGUAGAAGAAGUUGGAUUAUGGAGAAAAGAGUUUUGUAAAGCAUUCUUUCUGUAAAUUUUUUUUUUAGCAUUGUUUUGAAAAUGUGUACAGUCAGGACAAAAGUGUGACUCUGGAAUGUGUAUGAGAACUCGUCAGACUCGCCGAGUGUGUUUGAGAAAUGAGUCAAACAGAACAGGAACAGAGCCAAAGUUCAGCUCUACAAGCCUCUGCACUACGGCUAUAGGAAGCCAACGGUGAAACACCCUUUUCCCCUUGAAAACCUUAAGAACCUCCAGUAAUAAGUGCUUUGGGUUUACACGGAGUCUUUUCAUCUCUGUAAAGUAUCUCAGGGCUCGGGAUGAAGCUGGUAAACGCUGAGUGACCUUCCAUACUGGCUUGUACAAACAUGUCAACUCCGGAAGCUACGCGACCUCCCCCAAAACCUGAGCUUAAACAGAAACCCCAAAUCCCCUCAAAACCUGGCGCAAAUACCUCACACACACCUCUGGCGGACAAGGACAUGUUAAAUAAAAACAGUGGGAAAGUCCAUGAGAUAGUCAGCAAGUUCAACCACCAUGAUGAUCAGCCUCCUGCUGCAGGUCCUGCUACUGAAACGGGAUGUCAAAAGAAGCCGAAACCUCCACCUACGGUCAAACCCAAGCCAAACGUCAGGAGUCCUCCUCAGGUCAGGGCUGAGCAGGCACCACCGUUGCCCCUGAAACGACGCCAGUCACAGAGGAAGGACGCCGAGCAGAAUGUCUCGUGUGACUUUACGGAUGGCCGACGAUCAGCUCCUGAUGGUAAAGAGUUUGAGCAGCAGAGUCUGCGGUCAAGGCCGGAUCAGGAACCUCGAUGUGAGAAGAACUGCACUUGUAUUUGUCACCUGCAGCGUCCUGGCAUGAAGCUGGUGUGGGUGCGAACAUCUGAGGAAGAGGAAGAGCAAGAUGAACUCAAACAGACCAACAAAGACACGAUCAGUGACGAAGAAAGUAAAACCGAUGAAGAAGUAGAAUCAGAAAUGUCUCAGAGUGCAUCUUCAGAAUCAGAUUACAGUCUGAAUGAAUCCCAGAGUCGCCUUAAACCCGGGUUUAAGGCGACUCUGAAUAUAAUCGAGCGACAGUUGAGGAGGAAAUCCGACCCCGGUCCCGAGACUGUGCUUCAGGCCGUCCGUUCUUUGCCUCAGGUGCUUCCACAGCUUACCAAAACCCACUCUGCGUCAGAGGAAGAGUCUAUUUAUGAAGCCACAAUCGAUUUAAUCACCCCUCCCACAGAAAUAACCAAGAAAACUUCAACCAUACCUGACUUCCAAGUGAGCAAAUCUCCUCCUGCCAUUCCACCCCGGAUGCCCCUGGAUAAAAUCAAACGCCAGUGCGUUCCCAGAAGAGUUCCGCUGUGUUCACUUUCAGGAGCAUCUCCAAUCCCAAAGCUGCCUGCUGCAGAUCUCGGUUCCAGUGAACGCCUGAGGCCGGUUCGAAAACCGCCAGCUCCUCCAGCCAGAGCCAACGACAGAUGCCUGAGCAACAGCUCUCUGACAUAUAAAGUAGGUGAAGACGCUGAGCACAGUGGUGGAGAUACUGAAAAUAAGGAGCAAAAACGAUCUCCUGGCCUCACUCGACAGAAGUCGCUUGAUAUGGAGGCUCAGAUGCCGGAAGAGCUUCUGUACCAGAUUUACACUGAAACCUUCAUAUCGAGGGAGAUCCGUCGGCAGACGGUGUGUCGUAGCAUCAGUAAGACGAGCGCGGAUUACACGAUGGAUCAAGGAUCCGCGCGGCUCAGCACCAGCUCGGGCGCUGAAGUUCUGAGAAGCAGUCCGAUUGCAUUCCAGAGGACGCUGUGGCAGGACCAACCGACUGUCCGGGACAGCGGCAUUCUGAACACCAUCACGCCAGAGGAGUGCAAGUACCAGGAGAGCAUGUUCGAGGUUUUGACAUCCGAAGUAUCAUACUUGCGUUCCCUGCGUGUCCUGACCGACCAUUUCAUGGAGUCACGAGAACUCAAUGACAAUCUUAUUAACCGAGACAAAAAAACUCUCUUCUCCAACAUCCUGCGCAUCCGAGAAGUCAGCGAGAAGUUUCUGAAGGACCUGGAGGGCCGGCUGGAUGAAACUUUACUCCUCACUGACAUCUGUGAUAUCAUUAAUUACCACGCGCAGCACAACUUCCCCGCGUACAUCGACUACGUCCGGAACCAGGUUUACCAGGAGAAGACCUUCAGCUCACUGAUGCAGAGUAACGUGGGCUUUGCGACGGCGAUCACUCAUCUGCAGGAGGACCAUAAAUGUCAGCGGCUGCCCUUUUCAUCCUUCUUGCUGCUGCCCUUCCAGCGAAUCACACGCAUCAAGAUUCUUACUGAGAACAUCCUGAAGAGAACGGCCGAGGGCACCAAACAAGAAGAGAUGGCAUCGAAAGCUUUGCUGCUGUGUGCAAGGCCGUGCCGAUCAUCUCGCAGAACCGUUUCCUGGAGAGAGAGAGGAGAGCUGCAGGAGGUGGCCAAAGUUGGAACCUUGUUUAAUUCCAAACCCAAGUUCACACCCGUCUACCUCUUCCUCUUCAAUGACCUGCUCGUCUUAGCCACCAAGAAAGGUUCUUUCUGCUGCAGCUUGGAGCGCUACAUGGUGAUUGACCACGCCCACCGCUCCCUGGUGCAAGUUCACAUUAUCGCAGAUCAGGCCGUCAUAGGUGAAGACGCUGAGCACAGUGGUGGAGAUACUGAAAAUAAGGAGCAAAAACGAUCUCCUGGCCUCACUCGACAGAAGUCGCUUGAUAUGGAGGCUCAGAUGCCGGAAGAGCUUCUGUACCAGAUUUACACUGAAACCUUCAUAUCGAGGGAGAUCCGUCGGCAGACGGUGUGUCGUAGCAUCAGUAAGACGAGCGCGGAUUACACGAUGGAUCAAGGAUCCGCGCGGCUCAGCACCAGCUCGGGCGCUGAAGUUCUGAGAAGCAGUCCGAUUGCAUUCCAGAGGACGCUGUGGCAGGACCAACCGACUGUCCGGGACAGCGGCAUUCUGAACACCAUCACGCCAGAGGAGUGCAAGUACCAGGAGAGCAUGUUCGAGGUUUUGACAUCCGAAGUAUCAUACUUGCGUUCCCUGCGUGUCCUGACCGACCAUUUCAUGGAGUCACGAGAACUCAAUGACAAUCUUAUUAACCGAGACAAAAAAACUCUCUUCUCCAACAUCCUGCGCAUCCGAGAAGUCAGCGAGAAGUUUCUGAAGGACCUGGAGGGCCGGCUGGAUGAAACUUUACUCCUCACUGACAUCUGUGAUAUCAUUAAUUACCACGCGCAGCACAACUUCCCCGCGUACAUCGACUACGUCCGGAACCAGGUUUACCAGGAGAAGACCUUCAGCUCACUGAUGCAGAGUAACGUGGGCUUUGCGACGGCGAUCACUCAUCUGCAGGAGGACCAUAAAUGUCAGCGGCUGCCCUUUUCAUCCUUCUUGCUGCUGCCCUUCCAGCGAAUCACACGCAUCAAGAUUCUUACUGAGAACAUCCUGAAGAGAACGGCCGAGGGCACCAAACAAGAAGAGAUGGCAUCGAAAGCUUUGGCUGCUGUGUGCAAGAUUAUAGAUGAGUGUAACACCCAGGUUGGGAAGAUGAAACAGAUGGAAGAGCUCAUAGAGAUCAACAAGACGCUGGAGUUUGACAAGCUGAAGGCCGUGCCGAUCAUCUCGCAGAACCGUUUCCUGGAGAAGAGAGGAGAGCUGCAGGAGGUGGCCAAAGUUGGAACCUUGUUUAAUUCCAAACCCAAGUUCACACCCGUCUACCUCUUCCUCUUCAAUGACCUGCUCGUCUUAGCCACCAAGAAAGGCUUGGAGCGCUACAUGGUGAUUGACCACGCCCACCGCUCCCUGGUGCAAGUUCACAUUAUCGCAGAUCAGGCCGUCAGUAUGAAUCUGGAGAACUGCUUCUCCCUCACACUGCUGGAGAACCAUCAGGGACGCAUGAUGGCGAAACUCUUUAAAGCGCCGUCUGAGUCUGAUAUGCACAGAUGGCUGGCGGCGUUUCCCAACCCUGAGGAUCCGAACCGAGAGCAGGAGGAGGUCAUAUAUGAAGACUGGGACUGUCCACAGGUGCAGUGUGUAGAGCAGUACAUAGCGGCGCAGACUGAUGAGUUAAAUCUGGAGCCCCCAGAGAUCAUCAACGUUAUCCGCAAAACCAACGAAGGGUGGUAUGAGGGGAGUCGUCUAUCUGACGGACAGAAAGGAUGGUUCCCUGUGAAGAACGUUCUGGAAAUCACCAGCGAACACAUGCGGCGGCGAAACCUGCGAGAACGUUACCGCGUCAUGCAGGCGGCCAGCGCCAUGACCAGCAAGACAUGGAGCAGCUCGUGACCUCGCAACGUGCACACUGACUUUAUUUUUUUAUUUUUAUUUUUUUUACUGGAUAUGUGUAAAAGAAGAAAUGUGAGCCUUUAUGAUCAGUUAUGAUUUGUUUUACGUGACAUGCUGAAGCACAGAGAUCAUCCCACUGUCGACUGCCGUUCAUUUUCUUAUUAAAACAUUUUCCUUUUA